UAUCGCAGCAUUCAUUGUUACUAGAAAUCGGUUUUUCAUCAACAGGAUCGGUUCUUGAGUGAAUUGUUUAUUCCUAUAUUUAUAAUGGAGAAUGUUUUUACAAAUGUUGUUCGGGCAUUCAUACUAUCAACCCUUAUAAUGACAUCACAGGCGAAAAAGCAUAAAACAUUCUAUAAAAUGGCUCCAAUAUACGUAAAUGACAAGCCGGCAAUAUUCGCGCACGCCGAGAGUCCAGUUUGGGAUGUUGAUACGCAAUCACUAUUCUUUGUAGAUGUGCACGGUCAAAAUGUGCAUCGUUAUGAUUAUGCCACCAAGAAAUUAUACACUAAACAUAUUGAUUACGGUCAAGUGAAUGUAGUAUCUUUAGUAGCUGGUUCUCGAAGGUUAUUAGUAGCGGUUCGUUCCGCGUUAUACUUGCUUGAUUGGAAUGUAACGGGUGAUGCAGCUUUGAGACUUCUCACUACGGUAGACCAAGGACUGCCUGACAAUAUCAUAAAUGAAGGAAAGCCAGAUGGCGAAGGACGGUUUUGGGCUGGUACUAAAGGCCCACAAAUAGGUGAUGACGUACAACCCGACAAGGCAACUUUAUAUAGUUUUGAACCGGAUCAAGAGGGUUACGUCGAACCACGCGUCGUCCUACGCCCGGUUUCUAUAUCUAACGGAUUGGCAUUUUCAUUGAAUAAUACUAUUAUGUACUAUGUCGAUUCGGCUACUCAAAAGAUCGAGGCGUUUGAUUAUGACGCGCAGAGAGGGGAAAUUAGUGGCAGACGAACAAUUUUGGACAUAACAACCUAUGGAUACGAUGAGGCAAUACCGGAUGGCUUGACAAUCGACAGUGAUGGACACUUGUGGGUCGCUCUUAUGUUUGGCGGAACUAUACUGCACAUAGACCCAGAGGCAAGACAAGUUAUAUAUGGGUACAAGCUGCCCGGCGUACGAACAACCUCUAUUUGUUGGGGAGGCCCUGAUUUAGAUGAACUUUAUGUCACCACGGGACGAGAAAAAGACGUCAUCGAACCGUUCGCAGGCGCCAUCUUUACGAUAAAGAAUACUGGCAGCCGAGGAGUUCCCGCGCAUACAUUUAGAUACGACAAUGCGGAUAGUUAUUAAAUAAAAACAAUUUCUUAACCUUGUU